AUAAUAAUUAUUACAUACGAUUAGUUGACAAAAUCCUCGGUUUGCCAACGGUACAAGAAAUCCUGAAUUAUUUUAUUAUUAUUAUUGGGUCUCUCUACAUAGAACACUCUUCUAUAUUCAUUGAUGGCUGCAUUUCUCCAUCUACACAUAUUGCAAGCAAUCGGCGUAUAACUCUACUUGCCUUCGUUUAUAGUCUUAAAAGCGUUGAGAUUAUUGAACGUAUCAGAGAAGCGUUUUGGUUGCCAGCUGCAGUUUCUUAAUAAUAACUAUUUUGAGACAAUGGAAUUUCUUGUGGCAUUAGCAACUGGAGUUGUGACAAAACUUGGGGAGUCAUUAGUAGCACCAAUCACAAACCAAUUUGCAUACAUAAUCCGCUACAAAAGAAAUGUGAAGAAUUUGGAGAGCCAGAUGAAGGAAUUGGAAGGCAAGAAACUUGGAGUGCAAGCAACUGUGGAUGCAGAUAAAAGGAAUUCACAUCAAAUUGCAUCUAAUGUUGAAGAUUGGCUUUGCAAGAUAGACACAAUUGAGAAUGAAUUACAAGGAUUCUAUGAAGAUGAUGAACAAGUGAAAAACAAGUAUCUGAAUUUGGUGUCAUGUUAUUCAUUGAGCAAGAGAGCCAAAAAAUUAACCAAUGAUAUUAUGAGGCUCAAGGAAGAGAAAUUUGAAAUCAUAUCUUACCCUAAACCCCCACCAAGACUUGGAUCAAGAUUCUUGAAUGGUACUACUAUUAAGAGCUUCCAAACAAGAGAAUCAAUCAUGUGUGAGGUCAUAGAUAAAUUGAAAGAUGAAGAUGUGAAUAGAAUUAGCAUAUGUGGAAUGGGUGGUGUUGGAAAAACCACCUUUGUGAAAGAAGUGAUCAAGAUUUUAGAGGCAGAUAAGUCUUUUGAUGAGGUUGUCAUGGCAGUGGUGUCUCAAACUCCAGAUUGCAGGAAGAUCCAAGGUCAGAUUGCUGAUGCCAUUGGAUUGAAGCUUGACAAGGAAACUGAUCAAGGAAGAGCUCUUCAACUGCAUGAUCGAUUGAAGAAUAUAGAUAGUGUUCUGAUAGUGCUAGAUGAUGUUUGGACAGACCUUGAUUUUGAAUCCAUUGGCAUUCCUUCCACAAGUUGCAAGAUCUUAUUCACUUCAAGAAUCCAAGAUGUGUGCAUCAAGAUGAAGAGUCAAAGGAAUUUCACAGUUUCUGUCUUGUCCCGAGACGAAAGCUGGGAUCUUUUCAAUGAGACUAUUGGAGCUAAUCUUGCAGAGAAACCUGACAUCCAUGACAUAGCAAAAGAAAUUGCAAACCAAUGCAGGGGAUUGCCUAUCGCGAUUGUAACAAUAGCGAAAGCAUUGGCGAAUAAAGAGAAGCAUGCUUGGGAGGAUGCAUUGGAGCAACUGAGGAAUUCAUCAGUAGAAUCUUUUCCUGAAAUGCAGACUAGUGUCUUUUCUUGCAUUGAGCUAAGUUACAACUUUCUUGGUGGUGAAGAAAAGUUCUUCCUUUUCCUCUGUUCCUUAUUACCAGAAGACUUUGACAUUCCCAUUGAAGUCCUAUUCAGACAUGGUGUGGGAUUAGGAAUGUUCAAAGGCAUUGAUGCUUUGUGGAAAGUUAGAAACCGGGUGCACACAAUCGUCGAUAGACUGAAAGAAUGCUUCAUGCUGUUGGAUAGCAAUGUGGAAGAGUGUGUUAAAAUGCAUGAUGUUGUUCGCGAUACUAUCGCCUCUGUAGCAGCAAAAUAUCAUCAUCAUUUGGAGUGUUAUAGCAGUGCAAUCUCACUAAUCUUUGAGAAGAAAACAGAACUUCCUCAUGUUUCAAAUUGUCAAAAGCUGAAGCUUUUACAAGUAUCAUCAAAGGGAAAGGAAUCUGUUCCAGAAAAUUUCUUCCAAGGCAUGAACAAACUCAUGGUACUAAGUCUGCAAAAUGUGUUGAUUCAAUCUAUGCCUUCUACACUUUCAGCUUUGGACAACAUCCACACUCUAAGAUUAGAAGCUUGCAAUGUUGGAGACAUAUCCAUAAUUGGCCAGAAACUCAUGAAAUUGGAGAUUCUAAGCUUUGCUAAAUCAAGUAUCAAGGUAUUGCCAUUAGAAAUUGGGCAACUAACUUUGCUAAGAUUGUUGGAUUUAACUGAAUGCAAUCAUCUUAUUCAAAUUUCUGCUACUGUUUUGGCAAGCUUAUCUAGGCUAGAGGAACUCUAUCUUAGAGUAAGAAAUUUUCCUUCAAAGGAAUCUAAUCAUAUCCUCUUUGAGUUGCAAUGCUUAUCUCAUCAGCUAAAAGUUCUUGAGUUUGCAUUUAUUAUGGUAGAUGAAUUUCUUCCCAAAGACUUAAUCUUCAAAAACAUUGUAAGGUUUUGGGUCUAUGUGGGAGAUUCAUCUACCAUUUCCCAUGGUCUUGUUCCUAGGGGAUACCUACACCCAAAUGUGCUGACAUUAAAUAACACAUAUUACAGUUACAUCAAGAAGAGUGUGAUCAUUCAACAUUUUCUUCAAAGAGUUGAAAUUCUCAGCUUAGAUGAUAUCAAGAACUUAAAAUGUGUCAUAUCAGAUUUAGAUGAAGAGGGAUUUCCACUUCUGAAAAAUCUGAUCAUUGAGUCCUGCAACAAUUUAGAGUAUGCUGCAGAUUCAUGUGAUGAUCAUUGUGUUUUUCCACAAGUUCAAUCAAUUUCUUUGAGGAAUUUGGAGAAUUUAAAAGCAAUAAUAUGUCAUGUGGCCCAUCAUUUGAGUCAAAAGGUUGACUUUAGUGCAUGCCAAUGCUUUGGAAGCCUACAAGUUCUUAAAAUAGAAUAUUGUAAAAGUUUGAAGACCAUCUUCACAUUAUUGUUUCCAAGGAGAACUACUAGUUUGGCCAAACUUCAAUGCUUGCAUGUGGUUGAAAGCCAUGGAAUAGAAUGCAUUGUUUCAAUCAAUACAAUCAAGGUUGAUGACUCAAUUAUUGUGUUUACUAAUUUGGUGGAAUUGAAGCUGCAAGAACUUCCAAAUUUGACUGCAUUCAUCAAAACUAGUAUUAUGCAUGAGCACCAUUCACCUUAUAAGGUUCAAGAAUCCAAUACAUUACUUGAAAACUUUAUUGAACAUGAUCAAGAGUUUUCCGGGUCAGCUUCGGAAUCAGAUUCGAGUGAACAUAUGAACAUUGGUUGUGCACUUUUUGAAUCUAAUUCAUUGCAAUUGUUUCCAAAGUUAGAGAAAAUUUUGCUACGGGCAUGUUCAUCAUUAAACAUAGUUUUUGAUAUGAAACCAUCACAAUCAGAAGAUCAACAUGUGGAUAAUGCUGCAUUUUUUGCUCAACUAAAAGAGCUAGAGUUAUCAUGGCUUAAUAAUCUAAACCACAUUUGGGGUUCUGUUCCAAGAAACAUUCAAGGCUUUCAUAAACUGAAAUCAAUCAAAGUUGCAAACUGUGAUUCUUUGAAAUAUAUAUUUACUCCAAGCAUUGUAAGAGCUCUUACUCAACUUGAGAAAUUGGUGAUACAAAGUUGCAUGUCCCUAGAGAAAUUUGUUGGGAAUGAACAAGGCCAAAAUGUGGAAACCCUUGUGUUUGUUCAAUUGGAAUCUUUAACACUUAAGGAUCUUCCACAGCUUGUGAAUUUUGGUCCAAAUUCUUACAUGAUAUUGUGGCCAGCUAUGAAGUCUUUAUGCAUUGAUGGUUGCCCCCUGCUCAAGGCAUCUAAUGUAUGUGUACAAGAGAAUUUCAAUGUCAUGUCCAAUUCAACAACAACCCAUGAUGUUGGAACUACUACUUCUAUGGAAGAUUCUCCUAGUCUGAGGUUUCUUCAAUGUUGUUUUGGAGGCACAAAGGAAUUGUUAGUUUCCAAUUCAAAGGCAAAGGAUUUGAAAAUGGAGGAAGGUGUUGUUGAUGCUAAGGAAAUCAAUUUCUUCAAUGAAAUGGGAGGAUCUCCAAUGCCAAUUUUGGAACAUGUUAUAAUAAAAGGAUGGGAUUCCCUAGAUGUCUUGUUUCACCUUAAACAAAGUGAAGAUUCUAAUAAUACCAUUGUUGUCAAUUGUUUGGUGAAACUUAUGACAAUGCAAUUACCAUCAAGCCCUUUAGGUGUCAUUGCAUUCAAUAACAUCACUCUCUUAAGUUUAGAAGCUUGUCAUAGAUUGAGAUAUAUAUGCUCAUAUUCCAUAGCAAAGCUUCUUGUCAAGUUACAAGAAAUAAAAGUAUCAAACUGUAAGGUUGUUGAGCAACUAUUCCAAAGUGAAGAGCAUGAGAUUUGUGUUGAUUAUUUAGAAUGGCCAUCAUUGAAGAGAAUUAGCAUCAUCAAUUGUAGCAUGCUUGAAGUUGUGAUUAGUAAAGUGGAAGAAGGGAAGAUAAAUAGUUUCAUCAUCACCUCAUUUGCUCAAUUACAGUCUCUUACACUGACCCAUUUACCAAAUGUUAUAAGCUUUUGCAAUAAUACAUUUUUGGAGAAUGGCCAUGGGAAUGAGUAUUUCAAACAAGAUCAUGAGCAUCUAAAACUUGAAAAUCUACCAAAGCUCAAGGCCUUUUGCAAGGGUUCAUAUGACUUUGAUUUUCCAUUAUUACAUGAAGUAUUCUUAAAAAAUUGCCACAUGAUGGAGAUAUUUUCAUUUGGGUCUUCAUACACUCCAAAGUUGGAUAAAGUAACCAUGGAAAUUGGAAAUGUUGCCAAGAACAUAUGGAUGGGAGAUCUAAAUGCUACUAUGCCACUAUGUAAAGGAAUGAGAGCAAGUAGUAGUGAGGAAGAAAGAAACACAAGGCUUGAUGCUCCACUCAUAAAUGGUUCCAAUUUCCAAACCUAA